AUGGAUCCGGCACUCCUCAGCGCCUUGGGCGCCCUCUUCGGCCACGCCACCGGCGAGUCCACCGAGUCCACGGGCGACGCGCCCAGCGCCUCCAUCGCGAUCCUCACCGUGCCGGGCCGUGGCAUCGUCGGUACGGCCAUCACUCCAAACGGACAAGAUGGAGCUUUUCCUUUGCCCAUGGGUCUUUUGCAGAACCUGGGUGGCCAGGUAUCGAGGGUGCCGCUGGGCUCGCAAGAGGAGGCUGCUGCGACGUUAGGUGGCAUCAUGAGCAUGAUGAUGGAGCAGAUGACGCGCGUGGCGAUGCAGCAAAGCAUGGAGGAGAACAGCCGCAAGGUGCCUCCAGCCAGUGAACGAGUUCGAGAUGCACUUCCACGGAUCGUGGUGACGAAGGAGGAUUUGAUGGAUUCAACCAACUCCAAGUGCUCCAUUUGUUUGGACGACUUUCAGCCGGGCUUCCGUGCCACCCGGAUGCUUUGCAGUCGUCUCUUUUGCAACAACUGCAUCCGCGAAUGGCUGAGAGAGGCGAACAGCUGCCCCGUAUGUAGGUAUGAGUUGGCCACCGAUUGCGAGGAAUUUGAAGCUGGUAGGCGUGCACGGAUGGAGAACCGCCCGGUACGAUUGAAGCUGGCUGAGCUGCAACAGUUGCGGGUCACCGAGCUGAAGCGUUUGAUGAAAGCCUUGCAGGUCUCUCCUGACGGAUGCCUCGAAAAAGCCGAGCUGGUGCGCCGACUGCAAGGGGCGUCAGAUGUGGUGCUUGAGGAGGAGAAUGCGCAACGCUACAGCAAGGAGGAGCUCGAAGACCUGCCGUUGCUUCUGUUGCGAAACCUCCUGGAGCGUCAUCAGGUGCCGAACCGCAUGUCCUUCAGUGGCGAGGAGGUCACCGAAGACGAGGAGCGCUCCUGGGCCUUGGCGUCCUUCGCGGCGGCGGGUUGGAUCGAUGCGAAGACGGAGCAGAAGGAGGGCGGAGCCGACGGAGUGGCGUCCAGGAAAGAGGUGAAGGAGCAGAAGGAAGAGACUGGUCCUGCCGUCGAUGAAGCCGGUCCCGCGGGACCCGCAGAGACGGUGUCGGAGGCGGCGAAGAAAGAGGAAGAAGUGGGCCCCGUGCGCCCGCGCCCCGCGCGCCCGGCGGGCCCGGCGCCGGCGCAGCGGCGCCCCGCGCGGAGCCGAAGCUCCGCGGACGUGUACUUCUCGGAAGAGGAGGAGUUCUCGGAGUACGAGUGCGAAGGUUGCGGCUCAAAGAGCGUGAAUGUCAUGAAGAAGGCCGAAGACCGAUGCUUCAAAGUCUACUGCAAUGACUGUCCCUACGUCUCGGUGGCAGACAUGAACAAGGAGGCUCCGUCGAUCCGGCGUCAGCGCGAGAUCGACGAGGCCCGCGCACGGAAGAAGAAGGAGAAAGAACAGAAGAAGUUGGCGGAGAAGCUGGCCAUUGAGGAGAGGACAAGGUCCCGGUGGAUCUGGCCGAGUUGGAAGAGGUGGAUUGAGCGCGGAGCAUGGAGCUCCGCGCGUUCCAAACGGGCGGAACAUGGUCUGAUCGGCUGUGGGGACGGAUAG